AUUCUUUUCGUUACUGCUGUGAAUAUUAGACUUUAUAAUUCAUCAAUUCCUUUAAAAUGUCCGUACCCAACCGCAGCUGUUCAAAUUCAGAUGCGCCAUAAAAAAUAUUGGAGAGAUGAAAAAGCGGGACGCCAAAAUCAACACGGACAUAUAAAUACCUCGCUCACGGAAUUAGAAAUUUACAUUCAAUGACAUCACACCUCCAGCUGCAUCUUGUGAACCUAAUGCCCCUGUAGCGUAUGCUGUGGUUAUUAUGAAAUCUGUGAGGCCAUUCGCACCAAAAGUCGUGAGAUCCUUGAUCCGUCUCUACUUUUAGCCUUCUAAAUCCUCCUAAUAGUUUUUAACGAGCGAUUUCCAAAAGCAAUUAUCUAUACCAAAACUCAAAUAUGUUUUCGGGAGUAUCGAGUUCUGCUUUUAUAAAUAGUUGUGUGUUCUACAAGUUAAAACACUUAGGCAUAUAGGCCUAAUUGAAUGUGUGACAAAGUACAAAAGAUCCCCCCCCACGUAAAACUGAUACCCUUUCGCUUAUCACUGCUGGCGGAUGUAUAUCAAGUCUCGUAUUUAGUCAAAGGCUAUAAUGGUGUUUAUCUUUUUAUGUUGGUGAAAUCAGUUAAAAAUGAGCUCAUUCUGAUAUCCUGAUACGAAUAUAUAAACCGUGUGGACUUAUAAUUUUCAUUCAGUUCCAAAAUCAUGAUGACCAAAUAACAAAAGCAAUUUUUAAGUUUUACCGUUUGUUGGACGAUAUUACGGGGCAAUGAACAAUCAACAACCUAUGAUAGUUGGUUAUUAUCCCAACUGGAACUACAGACGUGAAGAUGCUUCAUUCGACACAAACAACAUCGAUCCUACAUUGUACACGCACUUAAUCUACGCGUAUGCCGCGUUGAACAAAAAGACCUUUUGUCUCAAGAGUACAAAUGAGUGGAUCGACAUAAAAGAUGAAGGAUACAAACAGUUUACUGACCUCAAGACUAGAAAUCCCCAGCUGAAGCUGAUGAUUUCACUUGGCGAGUGGACAGAUUCUACCAAGAACAAAACCACAAAGUACUUCCAACUCGUGUCCAGCCCCAGAAAUAUCGACACGUUCGUCAAAUCGGCUCUGGAAUUCCUGGAGAAAUACAAUUUCGACGGAUUAGAUUUGCACUGGAAAUAUCCAAACACUGAGGAAGACAGAACUGGAUUCACUAAUUUGAUCGUAGCUCUUCACAACGCUUUAAAGCCUUACGGUUACCUGUUAAGUGCUGCCGUUCCUCCAACAGCUUCCGCAAUCAACGCCGGUUACGAUGUUCCAGUCGUGAAUAAAAGGUUAGAUUUUAUCAACGUGAUGGCCUAUGACUUUCACGGACCUUGGGGCUCGGAAGUGAUCAAAGCUGACCAUCACUCUCCUCUUCGUCAGCGAUUACGAGAGACAAAUUCCGAAUUGAAUGUCGAUUGCGCCAUCAAUUAUUGGAUUCGCCAGGGUAUGUCGCCCGCCAAAAUCAACAUGGGAAUACCUCUGUACGGAAGGAGUUGGAUACUUUCUUCCAACGUCACUACACCACCGGCUCCCGCUCACGGUCCCCUUCCUAAAGGAAAAGUGGCUCACGAGGACGGCACGAUGGCUUAUUACGAAAUUUGUGAUGCCAUUCACAAUAAGGGCUGGACGGUUUACAAGACGAGUCAAGCCAUGGGUCCUUAUGCCGUUUCUCCGGCCGCCAAUGGCAGGAUGUGGGUCGGGUACGACGAUCCGGCCAUGGCAAUCGCAAAAACUAAUUACGUAUUAUCGAAAGGAUUGGGUGGAGUCAUGCUAUGGGAUAUUAGUAUGGAUGACUUCCAGGGCAUAUCCGGUGCAGGGCCCAACCCCGUGACCAAUGCGAUUGUUCAAACUAUUUCGCAAUACAACAGCAGUGCUACAAUGUUCUCUUUUGUUUGAAAUGACUAAUUUGUACAGACAUUUAAAAAAUGAAAUUUAAAAAAAUAUCAAUGUAAUUAAUCAUGAAAAAAAAAUGAAUUGAUUUGUGAUAGUAUAAAAUGUUAAGAAAUAUUUAAGCAGUGAACAAAUUUCCCGAUAUAAUCUCGUGAUCCAAUAAUCAAAUGUAUCCCACAGCCGAUCGAUAUCGAUAUUCAAUGUCGUCUCGUUUACAAGUCAUUUUGAA